AUGUGUCCAUUCGAUAUAGCUCGUCGAGAUGAAGGUGGACAUGAAUUUCCAUGUGGUUCUCAUGAUCAAAUAAUAUUAAUAUGGACAUAUGAUCAAAAUAAAAAUAGUGUUCAAUCAUUAAUUACUUGUAAAGGACAUCAAGGAACAAUUGAAACAUUAGCUGCACAAAAAACAUUGUUUUGUUCUGGUUCUUUUGAUAAAACAAUUAAAUUAUGGGGACUAGAUGAUGAAGGAGAAGAUAAAUCAUCAACAAUGGAAUGUCGAUUGACAAUAAAUGCUCAUAAUGAAAAUAUCUCAUCAAUAGCUUGGAUGUCUUCAAAUGAACUUGUUUCUGCUCCAUGA